AUGCCGCGCACUGCAGAGACCGCCAGCUACCGUCUGAACCAUGUGAUGCUUCGCGUCAAAGACCCCAAGAUCUCCCUAGCCUUCUACCAAGACAUCCUGGGCAUGGACCUGAUCGAUACGCACGAGGCCUCCGACUUCACGCUCUACUUCCUUGCCUAUCAGCACCAGAAGGGCGUCCCGCGUGGUGAACGCGAAGCGGUGCUCGAGCUCACCCACAACCACGGCACGGAGAACGACUCGAGCUUCUCCUACCACAACGGAAACCAGGAACCCAAGGGUUUCGGUCACCUCUGCGUCAGCGUCGACGACAUCGAAAAGGCCUGUGCCAGGUUUGAAGACAAGGGCGUCAAGUUCCAGAAGAAGCUGACGGAUGGAAAGAUGAAGAACAUCGCGUUCAUUUUGGACCCUGACAACUACUGGAUCGAGAUCAUCUCGUUUGCCAAGCCUCAGUAA